CACUCACUCACGUGGGCAUUCCAUGAGGUGUGAUUGGGAUUGAUUGGCAUGUAAUCUAAGUUGGCCUGUCAGAAAUGGAUAUUGGCAGGGACGUUCUAACGAGAACACUCUUGGGAUCCACGGAUUCCGAGAAAGUGUUUACACCAUGGUGGAUUACGGCGCAUCAUUAUCUGGUGUACACCAUCGUCAUUUUGGGCUUAGUGGCAGUCCCCAUCAACAGCAUGUUGGCUGUCCAUGGAAAUUGUGCUUACAAGUACGAUUCCACCGACAAUUAUGUGCUACCAUAUCAAUUAUGCCGAAUUGAUCCCCAAACGGGUCAGCUAAUUUUGGAAACCAAAUUUUGCACCACUGAAUUGAGAAAGGCUUUGAAAAGCGCCUUCGGAGUGACUUCAUUUACCGUUGGGGAUGUCUUUGAAGUCCACAAUGUAACGGACAGGAAAAAGUCUCUUGCCACUUUAAGAGAGGCUCAGGCUGUCAAACCCAAGACAAAUUUCAAUCAAUGUUUGAUCUAUCAAGACCCGAAGCUUUUCGGUUUUCACGUUUAUUGGCAUUGCGUUAAUCGCUUGAGUGCCUUGGCUUUGUACUUCCCGUACUUAGUUUUAACGUUGGCAUUGAUGCUCGUGGUUUUGGAACGUCUUUUAACAAGAUACUUAUGGACAGGUCAACGAAUCGAAAAGUUCUACGAGCUUUUGGUCAAAGAUGUCUUAAGCAACGGUGACAUCGAGAUCUUGGACACGAAAGACAAGAAGCAAAAAUGUCAGCAAAUCUUGUACGAUUUCAAGAACUCCUCGUUCUUUUGCAAGGCCUACAUCAUUCAGACUCUUGUAAAGCUUUCCAUUUGCAUUUCCGUCCUGGCUUGGAGUCUCCUAGAUCAGUGUAACUUACUCAGAGAGAGUUUUCACACUGAAUUCGAUUGUAAGGUGUUUGAUUACACUCACAGCUGUUCCAUUCCUUCAAAUGGAAUGAACAUGAUCAUCUUCGACCUGUGCAAUGUGGUCUUGUUCCUCAUUGUGAUUGAUGCCUUCUUCAAUCUGUUUUGGCAUUACCGCUUCUAUGGCCAAAGGCACACCUUCAUUCAAACUAAAUUGGGCACACUUAUUGAGACCUACCGAAGGUCCCAAGGGUCAGAGGAGAAGCUGCAGGCAUACUUUGAAUCGCCAGAUCUUCAGAUGUUGCUCAAUCUCCUGGCUGAAAAGGAAGGGAUUUGGGCAGCUCUCCUCAUCUUAUGCCUCUUUGACAAUGACUUCAGAAGUGAGUUCAAAGUCAAGGAUACCAAGAUCACCUCCACAUCAUCUAUAACCAGUUCAAGUAGAAAAAAUAUCACCUUAGCUUGGAAUGAGCCUUCGGCGGCCUUUUUCAUCGGUGAAAACGUCACUACCGAACAUCUGAUGUACGUUCUGGAGAUUGAUCCUCCUAUCGACAAAGGCGACGCCAAGGGCAAUGUGACCAUGAUGCCGGCAUGCACCGUGGAUGGAAGUUGUGUUUUCAAUCAAGUCAAGCACGAGGCUAACCCGCCCCUCCCACCGCCUCCCAUACAAGGGGCGUUUGCCCUCGGCUCUGCCAUUGUCAAGAUGCACACUGGCCUUGAUUCAACGCCACCCAGAAUCCCCUUGUCCCGAACUUGUUCAGAGAGCAGUAGGACCACAUCCAAAGACAGUCUAUUCUCUGACCGUUCCUUCAAAUCUGAAAAAGAAGUGUCCAUUGUGGAUGGUGUGCACAGCCCGCCAAAAUUCACCGAGCAGUUCUCCAGUCGGCCUCUGAAUUUGAGACGAAAAACCGCCAUGAUUUUGGGACGGAAACGCUCGGCCGAGAAGGCUCGCAAUUUUAGGAGCUCGUUCAAUGGCUUACGAUCAGACACCGAGUACGUCAUAACGUUAAGUUUCGUUUUAUCUGGCCGGAAAUUGGGAUCCGAGUCCUUCACCAUCUUGAGCCACGACAACCCCAACCGCAAGAUUUCUUCUACGGACUCAACCUAUUCCGCCCCUUCUGCUCCUCCUACUCCCAAGCAGUCCAUCAAUACAACGGAAAACCCGAUGUUCCCUCAUCAUCGAACUCAGGAACCUGUGGCGCGAAAGAUAAGUCUUCCGUCGCGCCAAAUUUCAUACAAACGGAUGUUCCACUCCAGCGAUGAGGUCAGAUCGGCCUUGAGAGACGAUGUUGGUUCCAAGCUCGUGGUGCUCGAAUUUGUGGCAAGUUGGUGCGGUCUGUGUUCCAUGAUCAAACCCAAAAUGGAGUUAUUGGCAGAGGAGUAUAGUAGUGGAGGUCUGGUGGACUUUUUUCAAGUUGAUAUUGAUGAAUGUACAGAGAUAUCGACCGAAUUUGGAGUCGAAGUGCUUCCCUCAAUAGUGCUUAUCCACCACGGGGAAAUCUUGGAGAGCUUCAUUGGACAGAAAACGGAUCGAGUGGAGGCAGAAAUCAGGAGCUUCUUCCUUCAAAAGCAACCAACCAAGCCUGCUGAGAAGCCCGAAGAUCCAAAAGGCAGAUAAUUGAAGUAUUUAUUUUCCCUUGCCCAUGACACAAUUCAUAGCGAGGAAGACUUGUCAGGGCUAAAUAAAUUGUGGGUGGACAUUUUUGUUCCAUAGAUCACG